CGAUUGACAAAUGUAGACUCCGGAGCACUGUUUAGUUUCUUCGCACACGACUACGAUUGCGACUGCGACUGCGACUGCUACUCUGGUUGAAAUUGAAGAAGAGUACCUACUUACAUUUUAGGUUUAACUUCAGAAAAAAGUGUACCUUUUGGCUAUAAAAUUCUGGUAAUUGAGUUCCAAAUCCUCAUCACCUCAAAAAAUGGCAGCCAAUUUUUGGACUUCAUCACACUACAAAGAGCUUCUGGACCCGGAAAAGGUGGAUGUGUUGCAUCCAAUUGACAAGGAGAGGGGGAUCACCCUCGAAGAUUUCAAGCUCAUUAAGAUGCAUAUGGCCAAUUAUAUUGCGAGAUUGGCUCAAAAUGUGAAAGUGAGGCAAAGGGUUGUGGCCACCGCAGUUACAUACAUGAGACGUGUUUAUGUGAGGAAAAGCAUGACUGAGUAUGAUCCUCGCCUAGUGGCUCCAACUUGCUUGUACCUGGCAUCAAAAGCAGAAGAAAGCACAGUGCAGGCUAGGCUUCUUGUAUUUUACAUCAAAAAACUAUAUUCAGAUGAAAAAUAUAGGUACGAAAUAAAAGAAAUACUUGAAAUGGAGAUGAAAAUUUUAGAAGCCCUCAACUAUUAUUUAGUUGUGUACCAUCCUUACCGGGCAUUGUCUAAGUUGCUUCAGGAUGCUGGAAUGAAUGAUGCAACUCAACUAACUUGGGGAAUUGUCAAUGAUACCUACAAGAUGGAUCUAAUUCUCAUACAUCCUCCACACUUGAUUGCGUUAGCCUGCAUGUAUGUUGCAAGUGUUAUCAAAGAUAAAGAGAACACAACCUGGUUUGAAGAGCUUCGAGUUGAUAUGAAUGUUGUGAAAAAUAUCGCGAUGGAGAUAUUAGAUUUCUAUGACAGCCACAAAAUGAUCACAGAGGAGAGGGCAAAUGCUGCCAUGAACAAGCUAGCAUUCAAAUAGCAGAAGUUCGGGAAAGUCAGCUAUUCAUUGACCAACUAAUUUCUAGUUAUGUAUCUCUAAUGUAAGUAAAUUAUCGUUGUGCCUGUGUACAUAAGACCAUGAACUCCAUUUCUAAAAGCCACUUGGCGCUCUAGGUUGUGGGUCUAAACCGAUUUAAGAGCGAGUCAAACAUGGUUUACAUCUUCUGUGACUGUGAGAGUAUCAAGUGCUUGUAAUAUAAGAAUUGGUGACAAUAGGAGACCUGUAGAUGGAUAUGUGAAUUGAUCUGUGUUUACCUGUAUGUAUCUUUAUGGUGCAUGAAAUCUUGCAUUAUUCUUUUCUUUCAAAUG